AUGUGUAUACUCAUGGAAGAGCGAUGCGUCUACUCGAGUUGGUACGGGGUCUGCGACAGUGAGAAAAGUCAUAUCGCAAUUGCUUAUUGCCAAGGGUUUUCAAGGAUGCACAUACAGGAAGUCACCCGUCCCAUGGACUCUAUAGACAUGCCCUUGCCUGUAUGCAACGGUUCCCCUGUGCGCAACACUGGAAGACGGAUAUACGUGGCCUGCAAUGGCUGCAAACGCAGAGGCCUGCCUGCUACUCAAUUCAACGUUCUCAUGUUAGAGGACGUCGCAUGCGCUUCUAUCGCCCAGGUUUAUUACUUCACGGAGGACCAGAUAUCUCUCUAUAAGGGCAAAUAUCGCUGGAUGGGCGUGCACACGAGACUAAACACCAGCAUCGACGCGGCAGUAGUUCUUUGCAGUUGGAUGGCAUGGGUGGGGAUACUCAAAGGGAUCAAGAAGGAGUUUGAGCGAGCGUGGUCGGAGGGAGAACCGAUUUGGAUGUCACCGGGUGUAACACAAAAUGUCAGCGUCGGUAUGAGGCAGGCCAUAAUGAAGAACGACAGGAGGACUUUCCAUGCUGCGUACUUCGAACACAGCGAGAAAGCUCAGAGAGGAGCGGUACUAGCUAUGGGAAACAUCAUCAACAACCCCUGGCAACCAGCCAAUCGCCCGACGUAA